UUACCCCGAAUAAUUUAAUAAGAUCAUACAAGCAAAUUUCUAAAUUCCCUUAGAACGGAGAUUCCAACCCUCAGGAGGAAACAAACAGGUUUCCGACAUUAUUCUCGAGUGCAUACUGGGGAAAUUGAGGACUACCAAUAAUUCCGCAUGUAAUUGGUUAACGAUGGGAGUAGAGAUUCGAGUCUUGGUUGUUGGCAAUGUGUGGGCGCAAGUCCCAUAAGGAUUUUUGCCCACCACUGGAAAGUGUGACGGCGGCGCAGCUGAAACCAGGGGCUUCAGUGACUACUGUGCAUGGCUCAGUCUCGGACAGUCGUCAACGGGCCCUCGAACGAGCUUUAUACCGUUAUCGCCGCCACUGUUUAUAUGUUUACCUCAUAAGUAAAAUUGCUGGUUAAUCAAUUUCGCAUUAUUUGCACCGGAUAAAUGCGUUUUUGAAUUUUUUUCCCUGUGAAAUGUCCCGGAUUUUAUAAUGAGUUUUCUUUCUGAGUGAGAUGUUUGUUAUGGUGGUGAAUUAAUUUCAAUGGGUGACUAAGACCGAAUCAACAGACUCCCACGUUUCUUUCAAUCUUAGCACUCUCUCAUCGUUGACUUGUGGCCUCUCUGGCCACUUAUUGUUAAAUCAUCGGCUCUCGGAGUCAAUCUGCAGAGUUUUAUAUGUUGUUUAGAAUAUUUUAUCUUGUUUUGAAGCCCGAUGAGGCCACAUGAGCUGGACAGUAACGGUGGACUUUUUCCAAAAUAGUUGAGACAAUCCUGGCACUGAUCAUGAUAAAAAAUCACCUGAAUUUUCUAUACGACCAGUAUUGAGGCAUUAGUGUCAGGGUGAAAGAGCUGGCAAUGAGGCAAACCUGGAAUCCUGCGGCGCUCAGAGUAGCGACCGCCAGGUCACUACACACACACAGCAGGCAGCCAAUAUUUGUACUGAAGUGCAGAGGUAUUCGGUGGCCCUAAAGAGAUACCCGGAGGGAACCAUAAAAAAUAAAACGACAGAGAUAGCGUGACAGAGGUCGGCUUGUUUUCCUGCAAUUAUCGUUGUUUCCUCCUCUCCCUAUCUUAUUUUCCUCUUUCUUUCCGCUGUCGUUCCUUGAAUGUAACUUACGUUGAUGAGAUUGCAUGGAAAACAGGGAAACUUUGUUGCAUAUGAAAAUACGGCUUCAGGCGGAAUGGAGUACUGCAAAAGUUGGCAAACUGUGGCUCUUCAUCUGACCACAACGACAAUGACAACCAUUGCUGUUAUGACUUAUGUACAUGCUACCGUUGAAGCUCAGAGCACACUCAGAGAUAGUCUAGCAGCGUCAACUACGGUGUUUCCUCGUGAGGGUUCAAAGCCUCUUGAUAGCCGGAGGGCGGAUGUCGAGGAAGCCUUGGACAUUAUUGAAGAUGCAGCCUCCGGUGCACUUGGGGAGGUCUGUGCGUCGAUUACUGGGUACAAAUCUCUGCCAGCUGGUGCGGCACUCGAUCCCCGGAGGUUUGAUAUUGCCAGACAAAAGGUGGAUAUGUCGGCUACUUUAUUGCAAAACCUCGGCUCCGUCCGGGACACAGUUCUACUGAAUGCAAUAGCAAGGUCAUUACUGGUAUCGAUGAUGGGUGCAGUGGCAGCCCGAGUUAUUGUGUUCAAUGCAACAACGGACAUUAUCAUUGCUGAGACUUGGCUGAAGCGUGCCCUGGGGAAUAUGGCUGAGCCAAUGAAGUUGGAAAGUGAAUUAUUACGCGUUGGCUAUCGACCAGAUUCCGGGCUCCCUUGGUUCGAGAAUGGUGGAGAAUCCAGUUCCAGUUUGAGAUCACCGAAAUUUAUUGAAUCAGCCCCGGGCGACUCAUACCUGGGCUGGUGGACUAUGCCAUACAUUUCCUGCAAGACCAGACAGUGGCUAAUUUCGUAUAGUGUUUACGUACGACCUUGGGACACGCGACAUGGUAUUCGAGAUUUUUUGAGCAUCGAUAUCGACAUUAGUGGGCUCGAAGUGAAUCAGUGCGAUUCUGAGAAGCACGAAAGGACUACGAAGGAAGACCAUAAGGACAAUUACAUCGAGUCUUUUAGGGGCUCUCAUAAAUGUCACGACGAUACCACGCAAUGUAUAUACAAAGGACUAAACAUCCGUAAAAAUACAGAGACAUCAGGUGCAAGAGUUGCUCCUGGUUGGGCAAAAGGUGCAUAUGCUUGCCGAUGCCGCGAGGGCUUUUAUAGCCCUGCAACUUACAUGAGGAAUGGAGAACCUGCCGCCUUUGAUGGAGAACUGGUUGAGGCUGUUUGGAAGGAUAUGCAGAUGAACAAGAGCAGUUUGUACAGGGAAAAGUUUCAGUGCAUCAUGUGCGCCCCGGGCUGCGUCACUUGCCAGGGACCUGAACCUUGCCUCGCUAGCUACAGUUGGCCCUUCAGAUCCCUUGUUCCCGUUGGUGGACCUGGCAAAUCCCCGAUGGAUUAUUUUUCUUCGAUUUACAAUUCCAGGAUCACAUUGCUGUCCUUCUCGGUAUUCUGUGCCUGCUGCGCAGUCCUUCUUAUCGCCUACGUCUAUCAGCAUCGCAAGCUCAAAGUUUUCAAGGUCGCCUCACCAAUUUUCCUGUCCAUCACACUUCUCGGUUGUGCAAUAAUGUAUCUUGAGAUGGCUGCAAUUUUUCCAGUACUCGAUCUUUACUCCUGCAUUGCCACAAAAUGGACGAGACACUUGGGAUUCUGCGUUUCUUAUACAGCACUUUUGAUGAAAACUUGGAGGGUAUCAUUAACUUAUCGCGUGAAGAGUGCGCAUAAAGUCAAACUAACGGACAAGCAACUUUUACAAUGGAUGGUCCCAAUUCUCCUCGUAAUGCUCAUAUAUCUCGGCACUUGGACACUCAGUGCACCUCCUGAUGCCAAAGUUAUUGCCGACAGUCGGGGUUUAGAAUUUUAUCAGUGUGAAUACAACUGGUGGGAUCAUAGUCUAGCAAUUGGAGAAAUUCUCUUCCUUGCGUGGGGUAUUCGGGUUUGCUACAAUGUCCGGAAUGCCGAGAGCCUGUUCAACGAGGCUCGACUCAUCAGUUAUGCUAUCUACAAUAUCGCAGUUGUGAAUACUACCAUGAUCGCUAUUCAUCUCUUCAUCUUCCCUCAUGCGGGACCAGACAUGAAAUACGCCCUCGGCUUUCUCCGAACACAGUUGUCCACGUCAGUUACGAUAUUCCUCGUCUUUGGCCCGAAGGUAUUAAGAGUACUUCGAGGUCACGGAGACCAAUGGGAUAGUCGUGCUCGUGCCCGAGGCAUCACAGCAAGUUUCUCCCUCAACGGGAUUCGUGGAUUAGUAGCUGAAGAAACAACGGAUCUCUACCAAGAGAACGAAGAACUCAAAGAGGAAAUUCAAAAAUUAGCGGCGCAAAUUGAGUUUAUGAAAAUAGUGCAUAUGGAGAUGCACAACCGCCACAUAAAACCAAAGUUAGGAGGAUAUUUCAGUACCCAUGGACACGGCUGGGGAGCUCAAAGUCCCAACGCGAAAACUACAUCAGCCAGUUUUAUCAUCAAGACGGUCGUGGAAAGAGGUGCAAGUGAAGCAGCUGCUGCAGCGGUAGACGACUCGACAUUUCCCUCCGGGAGUCUACAUCGUGCAAGGAGAAUGGAGCUCUUGAGGGAAAGAAAAGCUGCAAGGGAAAAGGAAAGGGCCACCGCCGCGGCCGCUGCUGCGAGUAAAAGUGAUGGAAGUCAUGGGGAAAAAGAGGGUGAGCAAGUGUGACAAGGGCUUCAAAACGCAGAAUCAUAGAAAUGAAUCAAGAUACGGCUUAUAUAAUUUUGUAGGUAUGGCUGUAAAAAAACCCAAUGAACAUGAGUUUAAAAGUGUUAUUUGUUGUUCCUGUGCUGCCUCGAUUAUUCGGUGAUGUUACCUUCGCACAAAAAUCAAUAAAUCAAAUCAUUGGUUAAAAAGGGGGAGAUAUCGAAUAUACAAAUCAGCAGAAAAUCCAGUCUCAGAUGCGCUAUUAUUUAGAGAGUAAUUGGCGUGUCGAUGAUAAGGGGUGUUAAAUAGUACGAGGGCGGACUGGUAAGUGAAAAUUGCAUUUUCACCUCAGUUGGGUCGUCGAAUGCAACGGACACGAAAAGUGAGUUACAUUCGACUUCUCGUUCACAAUGAUGGAUAAAAAAUUAUUGCAAAUUGCCUUAUUGGAAAGUGGAGAGUAUCCAAGAGGGGCCUGGUUGUCCCCCUUUAAAUUUACUUAAGCGUUGAUCGUGAAAAUAUCGGUGAGCCUCAUUUUAAACAUAUAUUUCGCAAUUCCGUAGUGAAGUGACACAGAGAGAGCAAAAUUAAUAUUGAAUUAUUUUUUGAAAUUAGUCAAGAGCUACCAAGUUAAUUGAAAUGGUGCCAAACACAUUUUUCUGGCUCCAGUAAAUGCACAUUUUUUCUAUAAAUUUAUAAUUUGAAUUCAUUUGUACAGUACACUUCUCUCACUUCACCCCGGAAUGCAUGUCAAUCAUUAAUAAAUGGUACAAACAAGCAUUAUAACAAAUUAUUGCGCGAAUCUGUCAAUUUUUUUGACAUGUACUACAAUCCAAAGUACAAUUUCAAUGUUAACAUCGCGAAAUAUGAAAAAAAUAUUUUGCUGGUAUUUAAGAAAGAAUAAAAAGAACAAAUCAAAGACAUAAAAUCAAUUAUUAAAUGUCUCACGUGUUUUAUCGUUAGAAAAAAUACAUGUGAUUAAUGUACGUACGUGUGAGGUCCUUUGUAAUUACAAGGCCAUACUGUUUAACGAAUGACUAAGAAUAAUAGCUAUUAUGGAAUGAAAGCUUAAUGAUUUUAAGCAAUCAAAUUGUUGAAGUAAAUGAAUUGAUCAAAAAAAGUUAUCCAUGACAGCGCAAUUGUUUAGAUAAUUUAGGCUCCUAUUAAGAAUUGUUGUGAUAAUUGUUUAUCUACUUGCACUUUAAUGACAAUAAAAAUCAUUAAGAUCA